UUGAGUGCAGAGGGAGGAAUGGAUCACAUCAUUCGUGAAGCACACAAGAGAGGCAGAGCGCGUAGGGAGUGAAGAAGAGCAGAAGAAUCUAAGUCUCACCCAGCAAUGGAGUCCUCCUCCUCCAUAUCUCCGAGGCAGCGAGAGAAGCAUCAUCAGAAGACAUGGGUGGAGAGUCCGAAGGGCGUGGGAAGAUCCGAACCCGGAAGCCCAUACCCGACAACGUUCGUAGAAGCGGACACGUCGUCGUUCAAGCAGGUUGUCCAGAUGCUGACGGGGUCCUCGGAGACAGCGAAACAGGCGACCCACAGCAUGCCGCCCAUGAAGCCCAACAAGAAGCAGUUCAAGCUGUACGAGCGCAGGAACAGCCUGAAGAACCUCAACAUCCACCCUCUCUCCUCUCCAAAGCCCGACAUCCUCGACUUCCCCGCACUCGCCCUCAGCCCCGUCACGCCCCUCAUACCCGACCCCUUUCACCCAUCCAACACCACCCAAGCCAUCAAAGACAAAGGUUACUUUUUGCACCCCUCCCCUGCUUCCACCCCCCGAGACGCUCCACCCCGCUUGCUCCCUCUCUUCCCCACAACCUCUCCCAGACCCUCACCUCCUGCUUCCUCAUUUUAAUUUCCUUUUUUUCAUUUUCGCUUCCAUUUUUGCCUUACUUUUUUAUUUUAAAUAAUACCCUAAUUUAUGCUUUAUAAGAGGAAUCAAUUUGUAAUGCCUAUAUCCAGAUUCAGAUUCAAAUUAUCUUGCUUCAAUUCUAUCUA